CAUCCCGCGCUCACUCACACACACACACACACUUCCUGGGUGUUUGUUUACACCACGACGGCGCCAAUGCAUUCACUCACAAUGCACUCCCAACAACUGAAACCACACACACACACUCACUAAUAACACACUGACACGCUCUUAUUGAACCGGACAUCCUUGCAGACUCCCCCCUCUUCUUCCUCCUCUUCUUUUUCUUCCUCUUCUUCUUCUCUCCACCCUGUUUUGGGGUAUGUGGGCAUAGUUCGGGAAGGGACACCUGUGCAUGAGGAGCGGUAGUCGGUGCAUCUGAUCUGGGACCAGUUUUUCGGAGGAUAAAAAGAGCUGCAGCGGAACCAGCCAACGCCAAAGUCUGUCCGUCACCCUGGGAUCUACGGAGGCAAGCGGCGUGCCGGUGUCGGCCAUGAAGCUGGUGAACGGGGGAGGAGGAGGUGGAGGAGGAGGCGGGGGAGGUGGAGGAGGUGGAGAGAAGACCGCCUUUUCCUUUAAGAAGUGCUCUGCUUUCCAAUUUGUCAAAAGAAAGGUACGGAGAUGGAUGAGGAACCCCAAAGUGAGCGUGGAGAAGACCCAAGGGAAAGGCCUCAUUUACUCCUGCCCCAAGUGUCCGCUGGCCGACGACCUGUGGUACACGCACUUCCCCUCUCCGUACGGAUGCUGUCACUAUGGCGGCCUGCAGGGUGGACAGUACUACCACCAGGAGCCGUGCUCGCCCUGCCCCGCCAGUGGACAAACCAGCAGCCAUGACAAGAGCAAGGGCUGCAAGGUCAGGAAGUGGAAGAUGUUGGCUCGCCAUCAUGGCGACGGAUCAGGCAAGCAGAAGGAAGCAGAGUCAGACGUCCACCUGGGUGGGUGUCACUCCUGGGGGAUCCAUGCAUCACCUCUCAUGGCCAGCCCUGUCAUGCUGGAGUGCUCCAUCUGCAGUGGGCCCUACAUCAGCUACACCAUGGAGGACACCUGGCAGCCACGUCAACGCACCCAGGCGAUGGACCUGUACUACCACAAUGAGUCAGACCCAGACAGCUACUGUUGCCCUGGCGACAACACUUUUAUGAAACAGAGGAGGAUGGGUCUGAACGACUUCAUUCAGAGGCUUGCAACAAACUCCUACGCCUGCAAGCAUCCUGAAGUUCAGUCUAUUCUGAACUUGAGUCCUCCUCAGGAUGCCGAGCUCAUGAACACAAACCCCUCUCCUCCUCCUAGUCCAUCCCAACAAAUCAACCUCGGUCCAUCCUCCAACCCCUCGGCCAAGCCCAGCGACUUCCACUUCCUCAAAGUGAUCGGCAAGGGCAGCUUCGGCAAGGUCCUGCUUGCUCGCCAUCGUACAGAUGACCAGUUUUACGCAGUCAAAGUCUUACAGAAGAAAGCCAUCCUCAAGAAGAAGGAGGAGAAACACAUCAUGUCGGAGAGGAAUGUGCUGCUAAAGAAUGUCAAGCACCCGUUCUUAGUGGGCCUGCACUACUCUUUCCAAACUGCGGACAAACUCUACUUCAUCUUGGACUACAUCAAUGGAGGAGAGCUGUUCUACCACCUACAGAGAGAGCGCUGCUUCCUCGAGCCCAGAGCCAGGUUCUACUCUGCAGAGAUCGCCAGCGCGCUGGGCUACCUCCACUGCCUCAACAUCGUCUACAGAGACCUGAAGCCGGAGAACAUCCUGCUGGACUCACAGGGACACAUUAUUCUUACAGAUUUCGGUCUCUGCAAGGAGAACAUCGAGCCCAACGGCACCACGUCGACCUUCUGCGGUACGCCAGAGUAUUUAGCUCCUGAGGUUCUACACAAGCAGCCAUAUGACAGGACGGUAGACUGGUGGUGUUUAGGAGCUGUUCUCUAUGAGAUGCUGUAUGGCCUGCCUCCGUUCUACAGCCGCAACACAGCGGAGAUGUACGACAACAUCCUGAACAAGCCGCUGCAGCUGAAACCCAACAUCUCCAACGCAGCCAGACACCUGCUGGAGGGCCUGCUGCAGAAGGACAGAACCAAGAGGCUUGGCUGCACAGACGACUUUAUUGAAAUUAAGAACCACAUAUUCUUCUCGCCCAUCAACUGGGAUGACCUCAACGCCAAGAAGAUCACCCCUCCCUUCAACCCCAAUGUGACGGGACCCAACGACUUGCGGCACUUUGAUCCAGAGUUCACAGACGAGCCAGUGCCCAGCUCCAUUGGCUGCUCCCCAGACAGCGCGCUCGUUACAGCCAGCAUCAAAGAGGCUGCCGAGGCCUUCGUGGGCUUCUCCUAUGCCCCGUCUAUGGACUCCUACCUAUAGGAUUUAAACACAGGCACUCAAUGGGCACCUACUCAGACUUACAGGACAUGAACUGUGGCGUGUCCAUGGACUUGCAUCUUGACCCCACUUUACAUUUCCCGUCGGGAUGAUGGAUAUUCCCAAACCCAGCCCUGCAACAGCUCUGCAUCUGCAAAGAAUUUAAACGUGCACUUGCCAUGAUCUUGCUACAAGAGGCCAUGAUUAGAUAAUCAUCAGGGUUGUAAUACUUCACCUCACCCUGAUAUACCAACGCACAAAUUCUUCAACCUUCCACAGCCAUCGAUCGCCCAUCUCUUACCCAACAGUGAAGGUCCUUUGCACACAGCUCAGGCAGCUCAACAGCCCCCCUCGACCUUGAAGCCACAACCGACAAGCACACAAACCACCUUUUUCUCAAAAGAGAAUUCUUGACCGCACUGUACCAGCCCUGAACAGGAUUUCCAUCUUCAUUGAUGUAGAGAAACAUCUUCACUCUUUUGAGAUUCUGUCUAAACACCCGCGGGGUGGGGGGGGGGGGGGGCGACUUACCUGUUGAGUUUGCUUGGAGACGACAUUCAUUUUGGUGCUUUAGUUUCUUCUUAUUUAAUUUCUGUGUGGUUGAAAAAGGGAGUCAUUUGAAGCUGAAUGUUACAGAGGGGGAUGUCUUAUGUUUUCUCUCAAAGGUGCCUUUUAUUUUUUUCUCUCCAUCAGAACUCACAUCCUUUGGGUUUGUCUGCGUCAAAAAUUAAAGUUUCGUUUUUCGCUCCACACCUGCGGGUGAGAGGAGCUUUUUGGGUUCAUUAUUUUUUUGAGAGGAACAAUGUAGCACCAAAUUAACAUAAGCCUGUUUUGGCUUUAACAUGUGAGACGUAGAGAACUCAAAUGAUGUUUCAUAUCUUCAUUUGCACAUAAAACAAUAAUGGUAGAGAGAGAGAAAGAGAGCGCACAGCUGCUAGGUGAGAAAGAGACUGAUGUGUUCAGAAGUGUUUGCGUAGUUCUGCUUGCCAACUGUGUCCCCCUCAUAUAGUCUUCCAUUCGCCUCACAAUAAUGUAACGGCGGCCUGCAGCUGGGCCGUCGACAUCGAAACUGAACAUUCCAUUUUAAUAUUGCUGUAAUGCAGUUUGACGGUAUUUAAGUUUGUUUGUAUAUUUGGAGUUCUGUGUACUAGUUUUAAUGUAUAUUGAACAAAAAAUGACUAAAGGUAUGCUUAAAUAUGUAUAUGUAACAAUUCAUGUUAAAUGUACUGUAAAUUGUAAAAUUGUUUAAGAUUUAUGUGACCAUGUUUGGUUUGCAAUAAAAGUUUAACUUUAUUACACCUUAUAA